AUGAAGCUCCUUGACCUUCCACUCCAAAUUUUGUCUCUCGUCGUCCAUUCUACCGACCCAAUUGACUUCCAGGCUCUGGCUCUAUCGUGCCGUGGAUUGUACGAAGCGGCGAAGAACCACAUCAAAGACUACAACAGACUGAAAUGCAAGUUUCGUCACUUCACAUUCGACGACAAAUCAUUGGAGCCAGCUGCUGGCGGUGACAGUAUUUACACGUCUCUGCAACUCAUUGCGAGAAUUGCUGGGAACCCAACCGUGGCGCAACAUAUUCAAAACGCACAUUUGCAAGGCGGAGCAUUCCAACUUCCACUCCGUGAUCAAUCUUUUGCAGCGAUGGAUGCCUCUCGAAACGACCUCAACAUACUGUCAUUGCUCGAACGCUCCAAGUAUCUCAAAGCAUCAGGCCUUGACGCUCAGGAUGCACUCGAUCUUAUGGUGCCUGAGAUUUUGAAGUACGAACCCCGUUGGCCAACGGGGUUGUUCGCGACUAUGGUCUUGCUCACGUUACUUCCAAACGUAGUAGAUCGUAUAGUAGAUGCUGAAUGGACUCAGUUGAACCAAGUGGACGAUCACUGCUUUUGCAGCUGCACUAGAAGUUGGUCUCGACUGCUACAUGAGAUUGUUAAGCAGGCCAAUGACGAUUCGCAACCCCUCGCCGGUCUAUCAAAAUUACAAUCUAUAAGCCCCGGAGGAGUGUCGCUACAGAAUGGAGAUGGUUGUGUCGAUAAAUUCACGCCCCUUCUGCGUGUCCAGACUUUGCAGAGUUUUAAGGUAGGACGCGAGGAACAGGUCGCCAUGGGCGAAAAAGACCAGCUCACACAACGUGACUGUCCAACAAUUUCUCAUCUUGGCAACGUGCUUCCAGCAAGUAUCCAGCAUCUCUGCUUGAUGGAAGAGAAAGUCUUAAAUGGGCAGACGCCGAUUCUCAACGCUCUGUUCCACGACGCCAGCUCCGAAUUUCCUCCCACACUAUCUCAUCUGCAUACCAUCAUCAUUCGAAAUACUCAAUGGACAUCAGAGCUACUUGAAAAUGGUCGAUAUGAGCCUGCGACUGCAUACCGGCCUUGGUGUUGGAAUGAAAAGACAGACCCAAACAAGGAGUUUGUGCCUGAGCCUUGGGCUGUUGAGCUUGCAACUCUAGGCGACAGAAUCGGGGUGCUCUUCGAGCAGACCGAGCCGGCGGUUCCGGAUUUUUUGCUCGACUAG